AUGUUUUCCUUCUUGAGCUUCAACAUAAACGGACUCAAUCCUGCCACCCACUACAACGCGUUCAUAGAGGUGGUGCUGGCGUACCCCAACCACUGGCGCUUCCAAGGGGGCAAGUGGGUGACCUGCGGCAAAGCCGACAAUAACACGCAGGGCAACAAAAUGUAUGUCCACCCAGAAUCUCCUAAUACUGGUUCCCACUGGAUGAGACAGAUUUCCUUUGGGAAAUUAAAACUCACCAAUAACAAAGACGCCAAAAACAACAACACUCAGAUGAUAGUCCUCCAGUCUUUACACAAGUACCAACCACGACUGCACAUUGUGGAAGUUACAGAGGAUGGUGUGGAGGACUUGAACGAGCCCUCGAAGACUCAAACUUUUACCUUCUCAGAAACACAGUUCAUUGCCGUGACUACCUACCAAAACACCUAUAUAACUCAACUAAAGAUUGAUCAUAACCCCUUUGCAAAAGACUUCCGGGACAACUAGUACACUGCUUCAGAAAAUGAAAGGUUAACUCCAUCUCCCACGAAUUCUCCUAGAUCCCAUCAGAUUGUCCCUGGAGGUCGGUACGGCGUUCAGUCCUUCUUCCCGGAGCCCUCUGUCAACACUUUACCUCAAGCCCAAUAUAAUAAUGGCGAGAGAACCAUGCCACAGACCAACGGCCUCCUUUCACCCCAACAGAACAAAGAGGUGGCCAACCCUCCCCAGCGGUGGCUUGUCACGCCUGUCCAGCAACCUAGGACCAACAAACUAGACAUCGGUUCCUAUGAGUCUGAACAUACUUCCAGCACCUUGCUCCCAUAUAGUAUUAAAUCCUUGCCCCUCCAGACACCCCAUGCCCUGGGGUAUUACCCUGACCCAGCCUUCCCUGCAAUGGCAGGGUGGGGAGGUCGAGGUUCUUAUCAGAGGAAGAUGUCGGCUGGACUCCCAUGGACCUCCAGAACAAGCCCCUCUGUGUUCUCUGAAGAUCAACUCUCUAAGGAGAAAGUCAAAGAAGAAAUUAGCUCUUCUUGGAUAGAGACUCCUCCUUCCAUCAAGUCUCUGGAUUCCAAUGAUUUGGGGAUAUACACCAGUGCUUGUAAGCGAAGGCGGCUGUCUCCCAACUCUAGUAAUGAAAAUUCUCCCUCCAUAAAGUGUGAGGACAUUAACGCUGAAGAAUACAGUAAAGACACCUCAAAAGGCAUGGGAGGGUAUUAUGCUUUUUACACAACUCCCUAA